AUGAACAUCACCAAUCUCAAAUACCGCCAGCGUCGACGUCUUUGCAAACUCGUCUCUGUCAUCUUCUUUUCCUGCUUGACGCUCUGGUCACUGGUUCAGUACUUCUUCGUCCGCCAUGGCUCUUCCUCCUCUGUCGUCGUUUCUUUUCCAUCAUUAUUCUCGUCACUAUUUUUUUCUUCUUCCGUCUCGAGUAGCAGCAAAGAAGGCGGCAACUUUGAUCCUUUGAAUCGAGAAGAAGAAGAAGAAGUAGACUACGAAGCCAUUGCGUCUUCUCGCGCCAGGUCCUCCUUGCCUCCUCGGGGAGGAAGCAUGCGAAAGCUGACUGAUGAGAUACUAAACAACUUGUUUCUCGAUGCCGAGACUUGUCGGGCGACGUUCCCGGGACUGAUGAAGGAGAUUGAUGAUACGGUAGCGAAAGGGCCGUUCAAGGUCAAGAGGAGCAGUGAUUUGGGGCCGAUGCAGGUGCGGAUAAAAGAUGGGAAGAUGUAUGUGUUGCAUGCGCAACGGAAGAGGGAUUUGAGUAGGGAGAUGGUAAAUUCAAGAACAGCAGCCCUCCACCAACUUCAUCGCGCCCUGCUCACCUUGCCCCCUUCCGAUCGAUCUCUUGUCUCAGACUUGGACACAAUCCUGACCAUCAACAUCCUCGACACCCCCUUCGGAACCGCCCUCCAAUACACCCGCAACGCUGACCCCGUACACGCCCCUUCGGAUCCCGAUGCUCGCACUUUUCUCAUUCCUCACUUCUCCUUCUGGGCAUGGGACCUCCCCUUCAUCGGGUCCAUCUCUCGCGCAGCAUCAGCCAUCACCAACCUCGAAACCACCCAAUUCCAAGGAAACCGCUGGCACUCACACAAAGACCCCCGCGCGGUCUGGCGCGGGACUACUUGGUUCAACUCGAUCCACAACCCGCAACUGCGGUACAAGCUUGUUUCCACCGCCAAGGCCAAGCCGUGGGCGGACGUGCAAUCACUCGAGUGGACGACGACGUCGACAACGGGCAAUGGCGAGAACAAAAAUGCCACCAACUCGCUAGCCAUCGAGGACUUUUGCAAGUACAAAUACGUGCUCCACACCGAAGGCAUUUCCUACUCGGGAAGGUUCCAGUUCCUCCAGAUGUGUGCCUCGGUCACGCUCACGCCGCCGAUCCAGUGGAUGCAGCAUACCACGCACCUUGUCAAACCUUUGUUCUCAAGCGAUCUGGACUUGGACAAGGCUCGGUCGUUGCGGAUGAGAAAGGAUGGUAAGACAAAAGACACCAGGGCCCAGCCGAGAAAGACUGCGAAUGAUGGGAUCUGGACGCCGCACGCGAGACACGAAAGGGCGUGGCCAAAGAGGUAUGAUCCCAAAGAAGCGAAUAUCGUGUUCGUGAGCCCCGAUUGGUCGGAUUUGGAGGAUACGAUACAUUGGUUGGAGGAGCACCCCAAGGUUGCCGAGGGUAUUGCGAGGAGGCAGAGGGAGUUGUUUGUGGGUGGCGGGUACUUUAGUCCGGCGGCGGAGGCGUGUUAUUGGAGAGAGCUGGUGAGAGGGUGGGCGAAGAUGGCGAGGCCGGAGAAAGGCGAGUUUGAGGAGUUGGGGGUACCGUAUGAGGAGUUUGUGUUGAGUAAUGGGUGGGAUUGA